AUGAAACAAUACAAAUACUCAUUUUAAAGGUUUCUUACAGAAUUUUGUCAACAUUUUUAAGAAUUCUUAAUAAAAAUGUUUAAAUUUGAUUUCCAUGUUGAAGAAACUGAAGAGGAAAAUCCCUUUGUGAACGACAAACAUUGUGCAGAUAAAGAAAACAUUGUGUCUGUUGAUUCCUCUAUAGAUUGGUACGAAGCCGAGGAGAUUUUACUUUCUAAGGAAAUAAUUGAAAAUAUAGAUGUUUGCAAAUUAAAUUCUACAGAAAAGUCCAUUGAUGGUGUCAAUAUUACACACAUGGUUGCUGGUUUCUUAUUGGAAGAUAUUAAGGAUAAUGAAAAUACAGAUUUGGACAUUAAAAAAGCAGAAGAACAACAUUCUGAUUUAAUACCUGGUGUCUAUGAAGGUGGUGCCAAAAUAUGGGAGUGUACAGAUGAUUUAUUACAAUACUUGGCGGAAAAUUAUAAAGAUGAAAAGUGGCCAACAGCCAACGUUUUAGAUUUGGGUUGCGGUUCUGGACUGUUGGGCAUUUAUGCCUUUCUUAAGGGAGCUAAAGUGACAUUUCAAGAUUAUAACAAGGAUGUCUUGGAAAAGAUUACCAUACCCAAUGUGUUGUUAAACACUGCCACUACAAAUGACAAAGAAGAUGGUGAGCAAGAGGUUCUAUAUGAUGUCAAGAAGAUAGAAGAAAAUGUUAAGUUUUAUUCAGGCGAUUGGAGCAAAUGGAGUCAGAUGUUUGAAAAUGAAGAAAAAUAUGAUAUAAUUUUAACUUCCGAAACAAUUUACAAUCCCCAAAACCAACAGAAAUUGCUUAAUUGUCUUCACGACCAACUAAAGCCAAAUGGUGUUGUUUUGCUGGCGGCAAAAGUUUACUAUUUUGGUGUUGGUGGCGGUUUGAGACAAUUUGAGGAAUUGAUAGAGAAAGACAAACGUUUUAAGUGCAAAACGGUGUGGUUAUCAACAGAAGGUGUAAAUAGAGAAAUUGUUGAAUUAAUAAAAUUAACUUAACAAUAUGAAA